AUGCCUGACAGAGUAACGCCAAAGGCUCAUAGGAACAUGAAGAAAGGAUACGGUCUCUGCAAAGAAGGUUAUGUCAAUAAUAUUGAAGUCAAGGCAAACGUCCAAUGUAAAAUUCAAUUAUUUCCGGUGACAGCUCGAGUUAGUUCAUCAAUGAAGAGU